CUGACAUUUGCCAAGCAUAAUACUUUCUAAAGAGGAGAAGACAUUGUUCUGUUUAUUCUGAGGACCUUUUCAGAAAGCAAACUAAUUUGCUGAAAUUUGUGGAUUUUGGUUCUCUAUGUCCCAAUGAGGACCCAUUGUUUACAUUCGUUAAAAAGGAAAUUGCAGUUGAAUCGAACCCAACCGAAUUUAAAACUGUGAACAUUUGUAAAAAAAUUAAGCAAUUAUGUCUGUUGUAGGAAAAUCUUUACAAGAAAAGGUGAACUUAUUGGCCCAAUAUCCCCAAACCGGUCUUUCUCUAAAGCAGCUUGUUUACUUUGGUCAGGAUCGAAAUCCUGGUAGACUAUUUCGCUCUGGUUUGUUUUUGCGUGAUGAACUCCCAAUUCGGCUUGCCCAUCGCAUACAAGAUUUACAAAACCUGCCGCCGUUGCUCGGUGGGAUGAAACGAAUUUCAGCAGUGAGAGCUGCUUAUGCAAGAUCUAUGGAGGAAAUUAUUGAUUUAAAGGGAAUUGAAUUACCAAAAUGUCUUCCCAAACACAAACGGUAUCCAAAAGCUCCCAAAUGGAGGGCCAGUUUUUUUCACAAUUUCGUGCAGCAUAAUCCUUCUCUUUUGGACACUCAUUUAGAUUCGUCGAGAGGAAGAUAUUUCAAUAUUGAUUUUUCCAAACCUUGUACAGGUGAGGAAUAUGAAUGGCCUGAGUCAUUGCACAAAUUCAAUAUUUCUUUUAGUCGUUUGCUAGAUACCAUUCGAACUCGCCAUGAUAAUGUUGCCUCCGAGCUUGCCCUUGAUAUUCAAGAGUACCGCCGUAAAACUAAACAGAUUGAUCAUAGCAUUCAGGUUUUUUUAGAUCGAUUCUACAUGUCUCGAAUUGGCAUUCGAAUGCUCAUAGGUCAAUACAUCGCGUUGGUAACCGAACCUCCAAGAGAAAACCGUGUGGGUAUCAUCAGUACUCAGGCUAAUAUUCUUCGUAUUAUUGAAGAUGCCACAGAAAGUGCAAAGUUUAUUUGUCGACUCUCCUAUUGUUUGUUUGAAGCACCACCCGUGGAAAUCAUCUGCGACCCUUCUUUGCAUAUGAUGUAUGCAGAAUCUCACUUAAACCAUGCCAUUUUUGAGAUCUUAAAAAAUAGUCUGCGAGCAACUGUUGAAUAUUACGGAGUCGAUGCAGAUUCGUAUCCCCCAGUCAAAGUGUUGGUUGUCAAAGGCGAAGAAGACAUCACUAUUCGCAUUUCGGAUCGCGGAGGUGGUUUUACUAGAAAGGACUCUUCAGUGGUGUGGUCGUACAUGUAUACAACAGCUCAUGAAACGCUAAGUGAUGAUUACAAUGAUACAAUGACGGCUGCUUCUUCUCUUCCGCCUAUGGCCGGAUUUGGUUUUGGCCUACCGCUCGCUCGUCUAUAUACUCGUUACUUCGGAGGCGACUUGAAGCUUGUGUCUAUGGAAGGAUAUGGUACGGACGCUUAUAUUCAGCUAAAUCGACUUUGUGAAAGCGCAGAGCCAUUACAGUAGUAGGAAUUCAUUGUUAACGACUUUCUUUGCAAUCGAUCUUUUUAAUUUUCUCCAUGAAACGACCUAUAAGUUCCCAUGACUAUUUUUGCAUUUUUUGGUUUCUUCGUUCGAGCAUAAAUAUUUUCGUUAUUUUAUCCAACCUAAGAAUAUAAAAAAUGCCUAAUGUUAAAUUUAAAUUAUUAGGAAACAAGUACCUUCCUGCCUGCCAUGAAUCCAAAAUUUGAUUAACGAUUUCUCGUACCAUUUAAUAAAUCUGUUUUUCAUAUACAUACGCUCAUAACAAUCGAUUUGCUUCAU